AUGGAGCUGGACCACAUGACGAGCGGCGGCCUCCACGCCUACCCUGGGCCGCGGGGCGGGCCGGCGGCCAAGCCCAACGUGAUCCUGCAGAUCGGUAAGUGCCGCGCCGAGAUGCUGGAGCACGUGCGGAGGACCCAUCGGCACCUGCUGACCGAGGUGUCCAAGCAGGUAGAGCGCGAGCUGAAGGGGCUGCACAGGUCGGUGGGCAAGCUGGAGAACAACCUGGACGGCUACGUGCCCACGAGCGACUCGCAGCGCUGGAAGAAGUCCAUCAAGGCCUGCCUGUACCGCUGCCAGGAGACCAUCGCCCACCUGGAACGCUGGGUCAAGCGCGAGAUGCAUGUGUGGCGGGAGGUCUUCUACAGACUGGAGAAGUGGGCCGACCGCCUGGAGUCCAUGGGCGGCAAGUACCCGGUGGGCGACGGUCCAGGCCGCCACACGGUCAGCGUGGGCGUGGGGGGUCCUGAGAGCUACUGCCACGAGACUGAUGGCUACGACUACACGGUCAGCCCCUAUGCCAUCACUCCGCCCCCCGCUGCUGGUGAGCUGCCGGGUCAAGAACCAGCUGAAGCCCAGCAGUACCAGCCCUGGGGGCCUGGAGAGGACGGGCAGCCAAGCCCCGGUGUGGACACUCAGAUCUUCGAGGACCCACGGGAGUUCCUGAGCCACCUGGAAGAAUACCUGCGGCAGGUGGGUGGCUCUGAGGAGUACUGGCUGUCCCAGAUUCAGAACCACAUGAAUGGUCCAGCCAAGAAGUGGUGGGAGUUCAAGCAGGGCUCUGUGAAGAACUGGGUGGAAUUCAAGAAGGAGUUCCUGCAGUACAGCGAGGGCACCCUGUCCCGAGAGGCCAUCCAGCGGGAGCUGGACCUGCCACAGAAGCAGGGUGAGCCACUGGAUCAGUUCCUGUGGCGCAAGCGGGAUCUGUACCAGACCCUGUACGUGGACGCUGAGGAGGAGGAGAUCAUCCAGUAUGUGGUGGGCACCCUGCAGCCCAAGCUUAAGCGCUUUCUGCGCCACCCACUGCCCAAGACCCUGGAGCAGCUCAUCCAGAGGGGCAUGGAGGUGCAGGACGGCCUGGAGCAGGAGGUUGAGCCAGCCGGCCCCCAGGUGCCCACUGAGGACGAAGCAGAGGCCCUCACUCCCGCCCUCACCAGCGAGUCUGUGGCCAGCGACCGGACCCAGCCUGAAUAG